CCAUUCAUUUGUUUAAUUCUGUCACUAUUGUUUUUAAAAACCUGUCUUCAAAUCGUCACUAUAAUGGGCUCCGUUCAGACACGCUCCAGGGACCCUGCUGAUGCGCUGACAUCAGCUCCCCGAGCAUCGUGAGUAACCAGUGUAUUAAAAUGGAGCCAAACACACAAGAUUGUGGGCAGCUGGCUCUGGCCAUUUCUAUCCCAGCAAAGAACAGAUUGAAGAGGAAAAAAGGGGAACGCUUUAGCAGCUCCAACAAGAUGUAUCUUAUCCUGUGGAAUGCUGGUGUUCUGGGAAUUCUGCUACCGCAGGUGCUGGGUAUGAAGAUAAACUAUGAUGGGGACCAAGUUUUACAACUCAUCCCCCAGCACAAGGACCAAGUUUUAUGCUUGCAGCAAAUAUUUAGAUCAUCACAGUUGGAUCUAUGGAAGCCACUCCAGCCAGAAGAUAUCAAUGUCAGAAGUGUAGUGCAUGUCAGGAUCCCAUUCGUGGCUCUACAGCCCGUGAAAGAGGCCAUGCUUCACUGUUCGCUAUCUUUUAAAAUUCUGGUACACAAUGUAUCUCAGCUAAUAGGCAAUCCAGAAGAAACAAGAAUGAGAAGGAGGCGAUUCAUAUUGGAUUACAACUAUACAAGAUAUCAUCCAAUGGAAGAUAUUUACGACUGGAUCAAUCUAAUGACCGAGAAGCACAGUGACUUAGUAACACAGCACAAUCUGGGCUUAACCUACGAGUCCAGGCCUAUGCAUUAUUUGAAGAUCAGCAAGCUUUCAAAAGACCCUAAAAAAAUUAUUUGGAUAGAUUGUGGUAUACAUGCUCGUGAAUGGAUUGCCCCAGCUUUCUGCCAGUGGUUUGUAAAAGAGAUUGUACAGAAUCACCAGAAAGAUCCUCGUAUACAGAAGAUUCUAAAGAAUAUAGAUCUAUAUGUCUUACCUGUUCUAAACAUUGAUGGCUACAUCUAUACCUGGACAACUGAAAGACUCUGGAGAAAAUCUCGCUCAAAGCAUGAAAACGGCACCUGUUAUGGAGUAGACCUUAACCGCAACUUCAACGUAAAGUGGUGCAAUUCUGGAUCAUCAACAAAUUGUUCAAGUAAUUCAUACUGUGGAGUUUCACCAGUUUCAGAACCAGAAACUAAGGCAGUAGUCGAUUUUGUGGAGAGAAGAAAAUCAGAAAUGAUUUGCUUUCUGACAAUACACUCGUACAGUCAAUACAUCUUAACUGCAUAUGGCUACUCUAAGGAUCUUCCAAAGAGCUAUAAUGAAACGAUAAAAGUUGCAGCGAUGGCAGCUUCAGCACUGAAGAAGAGGCAUGGCACAGUUUAUAAAGUGGGAAGUUUUGCAAAUCUCCUGUAUGAAGCUUCAGGGACAUCUCAAGAUUGGGUCCAUGACCUAGGAAUCGAGUUCUCUUACACCAUAGAGUUAAGAGACAAUGGUACUUACCAUUUUGUGUUACCAGAAGAUCAAAUUCAACCUACAUGUGAAGAAACCAUGGAUGGUGUAAUGACAAUUAUUGAGUAUGUGAAUGACAAAUAUUUCCCAAACCAAGCAUCAACAAGCUACAGGAAUCUUUAUCUAUAUGCUCUUCUUUCUACAUUCUUAACAAUUGCAUUGUUAACAUAACUUAAACAAUGGGUAUGAUAGAUACCUUAUUGAAACCAAAAAUAAUAAAUAAGCCACUUAAUCUACAAAUUAAAGAAAAUCUCCAGCCAAAACCUGGACCUUACAAUGAGCACAAUAUUCUUUCCUACUAGUGUUCCUGUAGUGUGCCCUUACUAUACCUUCUGUUACACUGCAGGCCCUCCUCUGCCUUUUGUUGGAAAAACUUUAACUGCUCCUUGCCUAUCUCUAAAUGUGAAAUUAAUUAGAUUCUUAUAAAAUUAAAUCACUUAAUGAAAAUAUCAAAAAACACAAAUACCUAAAUCAUUGUACAACUUUACAAGUGGCAAAUAUGUUUGUAUUUAAAUUGCACCAUGAAUGUCAUAGUAUAAAUGAAACUUGCCAGGAUUGUAUAACAGGCAUUUGGAAUUACUGCCAGGUAAAAUUUCUGACAUUUUAUCAAUAAUUUAUUAUAAAUAUUUUUAUAAGUUUCAUAAUGUCUCUAACUAUAUUUUUGAUGGACGUUUUUUAAACUCUGGUGCUUAAUGUGGAAUCACCUUUUCUGUUAUUAAAAAAGUUGUGUGCUAAAAAAGUUGGAGACCUCUGCCCUUAUGGUGUUACCCAAAUAAGUGAGAGGAAUUGGGAGGGACCAGCCCUCAAACCAGAAGUGUUUAGUUCUUAGUUAAUAAGUAAUUUCUUUUUUAACAACUGACUCUCUAGUUAUCAUUUUAGGUACUUGUAGCUUUACACAUUUUCAUAUGACCGUCCACAAUGCAGAUUUAAAUUGGCACUGUCAGAUACAAAAAACUUUUGUUGUGCAUC